UUUUCUUUUACUGUGAAGUAAAGCUGGAAGUGGAGGGGAGCUGGAAGUGGAGGGGAAACCCAAUAGUUCUUAGUCAUGUUGUGUAUGAGAAGAUGAAGAACAAAUAUCCACAGUUUGUGGAGAGAUUAGAGGAGGAUGGCUUAAUCUACACCCGAGUGUUGGGAGAAGAAGAUAACCUAUCUGCAAUAGGUCAAGGGUGGAGAUCCACAUUUCUGACUUCCGACAAGAGUGUUGCUGAAGAAAGGGCUGUGGAGUUGGGAAUAAAGCUGGAGUGGCUUGAGGAUGGAGUGAAAACAGUUAUGGGUCCAAGACCUGCUAUUGUGUUGGAUAAAACUAGGCAAAGAAAAACAUGGUUUAAUAGCAUGGUGGGUGUUUAUACCUGCUGGCAAGAUGCACGGAAUGAUUCGAAGAAGGCGGUGAUUUUCGGGGAUGGAAACCCCUUGCCUGCCGAAACCAUACACGAUUGCCUCAAAAUAAUGGAAGCAGAAAGUGUUGCGAUGCCAUGGAAGAAAGGUGAUAUUUUGCUCAUUGACAAUACGACUGUUCUUCACUCUCGAAGGUCGUUUGAUCCUCCUCGUCGCAUUCUGGCCUCACUGUGCGAGUGAGGAAAGUAUUAUUGCAGGGAGUCAUGAGACCUUAAUGGAAUAAUUUGUCAAUGUCACAUGGGAUGAUUACUAAUGUGAAAAUUCAAAUGUUAUGCUCG